GAAAUCUGCAUUGCCGGUCUCAAAGGCAUCAACGUGGCGGCCAAUGUCACCGGCCGCGUCAAGACCGACGACUCCCUGACGAAGAAACUGCGGAGAAGGAGCUCGCUGAAACCAUAUUGCGAUCAUGAAUCCAUUAUGGAUAACAAACUUGACUUUGUCGGCCUGCGCAUCGCGCUCUAUUUCCCUGACCAGGAGGACCGAGUGAUCCAGAUGUUGAAAAAGAAGUUCCUUUUCGAAUCGAUGCGACCAUUUGACCGAGACUGGAAGCCGCAUGAGCCGGGAAUAUACCAGAAUACCUUCGGCCAGUAUGUUGCAGACCACGUAUGGGUCUCUCUCUACGAAAGCGAUCGGGGCCCUGCCGGAAAAUACGCGGACUACAGAUUCGAGAUCCAGCUUCGGUCGGUGCUCAUGGACGCGUGGGCUGGCAUCAGCCAUGACCUGCAAUACGAGGCUCAUUCCGGCUAUCUUACCGUUACUGAACUCAAGUUUCUCCAUGCGCUCAAGGGACAUGUCGAGGUCGGCGAGAUGAUGCUCGAACAACUUCACCGAGUACACCUAAAACGCAUCGAGACCGAGAACGAGACGAUAUGCACUCUGCGGGAGCUGCGAGAGGUCCUUAUCAACUCCGUGCCCGAGUAUCAGUUGGCGAAUUGUCAAAUAGGAGAUCUCGACGCCUUAUUGAUUGUUCUGAAGGCCACGCAUGCCGACACACCACGCACCUUCCGCCGAUUGCUACAAAGGUUUGACGUCAAGACGCAGUUAUGCGAGGAUCUCGAGCAGUGGCGGCAUAGCUUCCAGCCCAUACCUACAACUGUGGCCUUCUAUCUGUUGCAGAGGGCGUUACCCACUGUCUCAACACAGCCUGAGGAAUUCUGUGAUGUGGCAAGGAGGGUUAGAGAGCACCACCCACGGCUUUGGUAUGACAGUCGGUAUUGGCAGCCAUUAUUAUGGCUUUCCCGGGAACUUUUGCGGUUGUCUGAGUUGGGAAAUCCCUACCUAGAGAACUCGCACAUUCGCGUGUAUGCACAUAUCUGGUGCGCAGAGUUUUAUCUUAAGACAAACACCCCCACGACACCUGACGACACUUGCGUGGUCGACUGCCUGUCUCGCACUGGCGAGUGCUCAGCUCCCGGUCUCCAAUUCUUCACCGAGCUCUGCAUCCUUGGCCUUGCCCCCACAGCGACGGAGUACCGGUAUGAACAAGAACACGACGAGCCUGACUACGAGGAUGAUCGGUUCAAAUUGAUCGCUGUCCUCAUGAUACGGAUGUACACUCUUGAUCCUCAGGCGUGGCUUCAAGCAGUUUACGACUAUAAAACAUCGCUUUGGUCUUGGGCCGCUAUGGUCACGGACGCGUUCUUUCGCUCUGCUGACAUAGCACUCUGGCUGAUGAGCCUUCGCGAGCAAGAUCUUCUGGAGCAACUUCUACGGCACUGGCCCUUCCAAGGCCGGCGAUCUGGAGAUGAGGCGCAUGGUUGCUGGGCGAGAAUCUGUAGCCUGGCAAAGAGCCACCAAGAUAAAGGAAUGUUCCGGCUGUUGCAGGGAGAUGAAAAGGAGCGUCGGACUCCUGUCCGCUCUAGAGUCAGCGACUUUAAAAAGGGGUAUCAUAUGCUAGAUCUCAAGUCUAUAAAAGCGCCUGAGCUGGGUGCUAGGCGUGUCCGGUCUAUGAUACACCCUCAACGGCGGAACACCGCAAGAAACACUGUCGAAGGAUAG